GAAGGGGGCAUUUCACAGCGCCUUCCGGUUCUCCUACGUACAAAACAUUAUGUUUGUACAACUUAAAGCCCUAAUCAUUAUAGUUUUAAGUUCCAUGGCUACAAUGUUAGUUUGCGAUGUGAGUGCAGUUGGAACUGAUACGGAGAGAAGAUGUAAGAAGCUUUUAUGUCCUGCUGCAGAGGAUACCAGUUGUGGCAACAUCCACUGUUUCAUGAAUGAUUCUACAGUCACGUUUGAGGUUCAUAAUUUCAAACUGGGAAAAAGUUAUGUAGGAUUCUUAAUAAUAUACAAUCAAACACUGUGCAAAGUUUCCACUCUGCAAAAAAUUGAAAAUACCGCGAAACUGAUCAACGACACUGUCCCGAAGUACUGUAACAAGACUCUGUGGCAAAAGAUUAACUUAACAUAUGGAAACUCGAGUAGAUUUGGAGUCCAACUUAAGGAUGGGAUUGAUGGCAUCUUCGUGUUUAGCAUAGGGAAAGUUUCGUUGACAGCCUUCAUGUGCUUGGGAUGGGAAGACUACAGGCAACGCUACGAUAUUCGCGCAUGCUACGAAAACGAAAACUUCCCGAGCAUCUCACCAACAAAUCCUGUAAACCGAAAAACAGCAGAAACAUAUCGCCCUCUGACAUAUUGUGUGGUAGUGACAUUUUUGCUGCUGGAAGUCUUGGUGUGUGCGGUAAUAUAUCUUUGUCUGAAGAGAAAACGCGGGCGCACGAAAGAAGAAGAAGAAAACACCGCGGGUAAUCCCAUCUACCAGCGAGGUGUGCAGGUUUUGGACCUUGAGCCAAGUGACGCAUUAAACGCAACUCAAGACUCGUACCAGCCUCUUGUCGAAAACACAAGGGAACCUGGAGUGAGUGAGGACUAUCGAAGUCUUGAGAACGAAGAAGGAUGUGAUGAGAGGAAUACCGUUUUUGUAGACCAAACAGGCUACGAAGGUCUUGCUCGGAGCCAGACACACAAAUACCAAAGCUUAGCCAAGGACAAGGCAUGCAAAACGGAUCAAAGAAAAUCCGAUGACAUCGACCCCAAAAACUCGAGAAAGUCUAACACAAGUCGUUCAGAAACUGAUCAACGUUUUCCAGUUACUUUCCAGUCCAAAGGAGACCCUCUCGAUUCGCUGCGAAAUGUGAUCAAAUCAGCAAUUCCACUUCGACCUCACACAUCCUCCUUCUCCCCUAAUAACCACCAAGAAGGCGAUUCAACUCCUUUCGAUCAGUCUACAAAUGCGCCAUUGUACUAUCUCUUAGAGAGCCCAGGGAACACCGCUGGAAAGGGACCUGCCUGCACCGACACGUACCCAAAAGAAUCCAACUUGGUUCCUCUGCAAAUGCGAGGCGUUAUCGAAGAACUUAAGGCUGGCACUACCUGCAGGAGUGUCGAGUUUGACAGCACGAAAGAGGAGCCAAUGUAUCACGUCCUCGAGGGGCCAAAUCCUACACCAGACCGCAUGCGUAAUGUCAUUGAGGAGCUAAAAAGUCUCAACAAAGCUGGCCAAAGAAGAGAAUCGUCAAAUGAAUGUAACACAGCUCGUCCAGAUAAUGUCUUUGUAGACCCAAGAGACUCAGAAGAUGAAAAUGAAGGGUACAAAGAUCCGUAGCGAGCUUUUCUACACAACGUAAGAGCAAAUGAAAGGCCAACGCUCAAAACGACGGCCAAUUUACAUCACCAACUCAGUUAAUAAAACCAAAUCAUCAUGUUAUACCCCAGAGCUACUCAGCAAUACAGUUUCUCCAGAAACUAACCCCGUUUUCUGGAGUUCAAGUGGAGAUUUUCCAUCACAACACCUCUCGAAAGCAAGAGCUACGU